GGCACCUUGCUCGGCACUGACGCAAACCCAAUCUUUCCCACUGAGGUAUAGAAAGCUUUACACUAAGCACGGCCAAAUCCACUCCUACUUCUUCCAGUUCUCUUUACACCUGUUUUUCAACGUCAGCACGUCUUAAGCAUCUUCACAAAUGGAUUUCUCCGACCAGAGAGAGAUGACCAAACAGCCGGCCAAUGCUCCUACCGGUUUUAAACCGUUGCACCAGCCGGAGGGAGCGGUGGGAGUUUCAGCAAACAAACCGUACAAUGCCCUUAACCAAACGUCCGCCGCUUACCCGGCCCCUCAGCCAGCACCGUCCAACGAGAGCAAAACUUUCUGUCCCACGGAAAAUAAACCGGGAGAAGUCAGUAAAGUCUAUGGAACAUUUAAAAAUGCCGCUCCGGCGGUGCCUGGAUCCGUGGCUGCGAACUCGGCCUUACGUAAGGAUUCCACCAGCUCAGUUGGUGGUUCUGCUGCCCGGGUUGUCCCUGUCCAGUGCGGGGACCCGCUUAGAGCUACCGGGGAUCAAAACAAUGCGUCGGGCAACUGGACCACCAUGAGUCAGACCACCAUCAUUCUGGGCGCAGAUGGCAACACGUCUGUUCAGCCCGGCGCCGUGACGGGGGUAAGUGGGCUCAAACGAAUUGUUUCGAUACGGGAGGAUAGCCCAACCGGGGUCAGGAGAGCUUAG